AUGUGCCCAAUCACGUUAUUGAACGCUAAUAAACUUCGGACGUUCGUCCUCAACAGAGGCGACAAAUGCGUGAUUCGGGCACCGCCUUGCGACCAGUCACAUCGGUUCUGCGACCAGUGCGUUGGUUUCCAGGACGACGACGAAUCCCAGGCGUUCGUGUGUCCCGAAUGCUACGAAUGUUGCUUAUUCAACCAGAUGACCAAGCUAUCUGACGGCGUGCCCCCAUCUACAAAGUCAUCGACAGAGACGCUAGUCGUCAAUACGCGACACCACUGCACAGCAGUCACAGCCUUGGAGUUUGCUGACUGUGUUGCAGUUCACGUACUCGAAUCACGUGGCGCUGGUGCGAUUGCUGGCUAUCGAACUGUACCAGGCGGAGACAUCGAUGAAGCCCCGAGGCCAUCUGCCAAGUCGAAAUCACGCGGUGGAGUGGGUGGCAAGCGCUACAAACCACAUCCACCGCAUUGGUGGUCCACGCCACGUAUUCAACGAAGAGGCAGGAACUUCAUGCGUCUUUGUUGCACCAAGGGCACACCGAUGCUGAAGGGUCAAGGUCAGAAUUACUACGCACAACCACUCAUGACAACCUCGACUCCUGUUUUUCGGGUCACAGCAAACCACACCACGUGGUAG